AACCCUGGUCAUCUGCACGGUUCAUUUGCAGACUGGUGUUGGUCCUGUGCAGCCCGCUCCGGACGCCCGCUUCAAGUCCUCUCCACUUAACAUCUAGCCAAAAUGCAGGUGAUUGUGCAGGACAUGCGAGAACAGAUGGGGAAGUUGACUGCUCUUCUGAGGGAUGAGCGUAGAUCCCAUCAGCACAGUUGCCAAGCAUUGCUGGAGGAGGCUGACAGGCGGGCUGAAAGAGUGAGGCAAAUGCACCAGCUAGACAUGAGUCAGUUGGUUGAGGCACACAACAGGGAGAUCAAGACCAUGGUGGAGCUUCACUCCAAACACAUGGAGGAGGAGAGAAACUAUGCAGCAGAGCGCUACGCAUUGUUGGACAAAGACUAUGACUUCCUGAAGAGCUCCUUCCGUACUUACAAGGACAGCAUAGCUGAGGAGAUGCGUAGCAGUUGGCUGAAGAAGGAAAACAGUUGGAGGGAGGAGCAGGAGAAACAUCUAUACGAGCAGAUAGCAAAUUUGAAGAAACAGUUGAGUCAAAGUGAAGCUGAAAAGGAAGAGCUAAGAAAGGCCUCUGAAGCUCAGAUUGCAGAAAUACACCGCAAGUACCACUCCGAGAUCAAGGGGCUUGAAAGGGAAUUGGUCAACAAGGACAUGUCCAUGUCCGUGGCAAACAGCGCUCUGGUGUCAACACAAUUCCAACUGGAUCUACUGAGCUAUGAUCCUGAAGAAGAUGAUACGUCCAAGCAGGAUCGAAAGCGCAGAUGACACUGGACUGACCGUGACCGGCCACCAUCACAACGCUGAGCCACUCCAUGACGACACUGGCUCCAUGACGACACUGUCCAGUGGCUGGUGCCAUCAGCAUCCAUGUGCACAGGUGUCUUAGAAUGGACUUACACACAAAUAUUACAACAUCCCUCCUGUUCAUUCCCUCUGCUGACUGGAAAAUUCAUCUUUCCCCUCUCUGAAUAAACUACAACGGAUGCCGGCA